CAGCACUGUCUGUCGUCUGUUAACCACGCAACGAGCCGAAACACUUUUCCCAAAAUUUUAGAGAAAUAUUGGGCUGAAUAAGUAUUCUCUAAGCAACAUUGUAUUGUUUGGUUGCGGUAGAAGAAACUAUCAGAAAAUGUCUUUGUUGAUAAAAGCUGCGUUUUCUAAUGGCCGGGCUCUGCUGCAGCAGCCUCUGGUACAAAGACUACCACAAAUUGUGUAUGAACAGAAGAGAACAGCUUACUUUACAAUGGGAAGGCAGAGAAUGGGCAAGAGGAAGGGUCGAAAGCCCAGGAUUGUUGAAGAAAAAGUUAUCGUGAAACCUGCUUCUCUGUAUGAGGAGGAGAUUGGUGCUGCAGUGUUCGAGGCUCGAGCGAAGGAUGAACCACAGGAUAUGGAGAACCCAUUUACUGUGAGUAAGCGCAAGUGCAUUUUAUGCCAACAUGGUAUUACUCCUGACUACAAAAACGUGAAGCUUUUGUCUCAAUUCAUAUCGUCUCAAACUGGAAGAGUAUAUGGGCGCCAUAUUACUGGUCUCUGUAAAGAUCAACAAGUACGCUUAGAAGGUGAAAUAUUUAAGAGCCGUGCAGCAGGAUUAAUGGCAUAUUAUUAUAAACAUCCAGAGUUCUUCAAGGAUCCAAAGCUAUGUGAUCCAACUAGACCCAAGAGACCACACCCUUACUAGUUAGAAACAGUUAUAUUGGAUUUGACAAUUUGUUAGAACUGUAAUUACAUGGAAUUUGAGACUACAGUACAUAAUUUGUUACCCUAAAAUUCAUGUAUUCAAAAAUAAAUAAUCAACAUUUCCUAGA